CUGUUCCUUUAAAAAUUCUCCCCAGUGUCUUGCAGUGUGUCCGUACCGGCGUUCCUGCUUCACUGGUUUAGCAUUGUUUUUAUCGUCUCUCGGUCCGAUCAUGGCUUCUCACUCCAUUGAAGAACCAUUCCCUUUUCAUGGGCUUCUUCCCAAAAAAGAGACUGGUUCUGCGUCUUUCCUUACAAGGUUUCCCGAAUAUGAUGGAAGGGGUGUCCUUAUCGCCAUACUCGACACCGGCGUGGACCCCGGGGCCCCGGGUAUGCAGACGACCACCGAGGGGAAGCCCAAGGUGAUAGACAUCAUUGACACGACAGGCAGUGGGGAUGUCAGUAUGUCCACUGUUGUGGAGCCAAAAGAUGGGACAGUGGUGGGCCUGUCAGGAAAAACACUCAAGAUCCCUGCUCUCUGGGUCAAUCCCUCUGAAAAAUAUCACAUAGGUAUCAAGAGUGGCUUUGACUUCUUCCCUAAGGCACUGAAAGAGAGGAUACAGAAAGAACGAAAGGAGAAGAUGUGGGAUCCAGGACAUCGAGCUGCCCAGGCAGAGGUUAGCCGUAGGAUGGAGGAGUUUGAUCAGGCUCACCCAAACCCUUCACAGAUGGAAAAACUUCAGAAGGAGGAGCUACAGGCCCAAGCUGAGCUAUUGGCUACAUUAGAGAAGAAAUACAGUGACCCGGGUCCUGUGUACGACUGUGUGCUCUGGCAUGAUGGGGUCACUUGGAGGGCUGUUGUAGAUACAACAGAGAAUGGGGACCUGGAAUCUUGUACAGUCUUGAGCUCCUAUAGAGAACGGCAGGAGUUUGCUACCCUUGGUGAUGCUGAGAUGCUGAACUACUCCAUCAACAUCUAUGAUGAGGGAAACACGCUUUGCAUCGUCACUAGUGGAGGUGCUCAUGGAACACAUGUGGCAAGUAUUGCAGCGGGACAUUUCCCUGAUGAGCCCGAGAGGAAUGGCAUUGCCCCUGGUGCCCAGAUUCUUGCCCUGAAGAUUGGGGACACCCGUCUCAGCACCAUGGAGACAGGGACAGGUCUUAUCCGUGCGAUGAUUGAGGUGAUCAACUAUAAGUGCGACUUGGUGAAUUACAGCUACGGUGAAGCCACACACUGGCCAAACCAAGGGAGGAUCUGUGAGGUGAUCAAUGAGGCUGUGCAGAAGCAUAAUGUGCUGUUUGUGUCGAGUGCUGGAAACAACGGACCGUGUCUGUCCACCGUGGGCUGUCCAGGGGGAACCACCAACUCUGUGAUCGGUGUGGGAGCAUACGUCACGCCUGACAUGAUGGUGGCUGAGUAUUCUCUGAGGGAGAAGCUCCCACCCAACCAGUACACAUGGUCUUCCCGUGGGCCGAGCACCGACGGAGGCCUUGGAGUCAGCAUCAGUGCCCCAGGCGGGGCUAUCGCCUCUGUCCCCAACUGGACCCUGCGUGGGACCCAGCUCAUGAACGGAACCUCCAUGUCUUCUCCCAAUGCCUGUGGCGGCAUUGCUCUGGUGCUGUCAGGUUUGAAGCAGAAUGGCAUUCGCCCCUCAGUAGCCGCUGUGCGACGAGCUUUAGAGAAUACUGCUCUGAAGGUUGAUGACAUUGAGGUCUUUGCACAGGGACAUGGCAUCAUUCAGGUGGACAAAGCAUUUGACUACCUCAUUCAGCAUGCUUCUCUGCCUACCCACAAUCUGGGAUUUGCCAUUUCUGUGGGCACGCAGCGUGGCAUUUACCUCAGGGACAUCGUCCAUGUGGCCACGCCCUUUGACCACAGUGUGGGUAUUGAACCAGUCUUCCCUGAGAACACAGAAAAUUCAGUGCGCAUCUCCCUCCAGCUGCACCUAGCGCUCACCUGCAAUGCAUCGUGGGUCCAUUGUCCCUCCCACCUGGAGCUGAUGAAUCAGUGUCGCCAUGUGAACGUGCGCGUGGACCCCCAGGGACUGAGGGAGGGACUGCACUACACAGAGGUGUGUGGCUAUGACACAACAGCCCAAGGUGCAGGCCCCGUCUUCAGAGUGCCUAUCACAGUUAUAAUCCCUGCAAAAGUACCUAAUGGCCGUGGUCCAGAGAUGUCUUUCCCUGAUGUCCACUUCAAGCCCGGCCAGAUCCGCCGUCACUUCAUCACGGUCCCUCAGGGGGCGUCCUGGGCAGAGAUCACGCUAACAUCACACUCGGGCGACGUGUCGUCUAAGUUUGUUCUGCACGCUGUGCACCUGGUCAAGCAAAGAGCCUACAGAGCCAACGAGUUCUACAAGUUCUCCUCUCUGCUGGAAAAGGGCUCUCUCACUGAGGCUUUCCCCGUGCUGCCAGGAAGGACGGUGGAGGUGUGUGUAGCACGCUGGUGGGCCAGCUUGGGUGAUGUCACCGUAGACUAUACCAUCUCAUUCCAUGGACUGACGACCACUCCCUCUUCCCUGCACAUUCAUGCAUCUGAAGGUAUAUCCUCUUUUGAGGUGGCGUCACCACUGCGCUAUGAAGACAUCUCGCCCAGUAUAACCCUAAAGAACUGGGUCCAGCCUCUGAGACCCACUAGUUCGAAGACUAAAGCUCUGGGUGCUCGUGAUGUGCUUCCCAACAACCGUCAGCUCUAUGAGAUUGUUCUCUCAUACACGUUUCACCAGCCUAAGAGUGGAGAGGUGACCCCCAGCUGCCCGCUGCUGUGUGAGCUGCUGUACGAGUCAGAGUUUGACAGCCAGCUUUGGAUGCUCUUUGACCAGAACAAGAGACUCAUUGGAUCAGGGGACGCAUAUCCACACCAGGUACAAAAACUAAAACAACACAAUUUGGCCCGAGGUAGUCGGCGUGCCAAAAGCCCCUGGCUGUAACCUCAGAGGAGGCACGAUCGUGCCCUGGAAGUGACCAUGGAAACGCAACUGGCCUUGUCAGGCACUAGCUCACCCGGAUUUGGCCCAUUGAAACAAAUUUAGCUUUUACUUAAUUUAAUUUACUAGGUAGCUAGAAA